CACGGUGAGACUCGCUCCCCUGGCUCAGAGUGUGGGAGCUGGGUGAGCACCUGAGCGCCCCUGCCCUCUUGGCUCCCACUGUUAAAGUACAGUGAGAAUCAGAAUGGGAGAGAAUGUUUGCAAAUCAUAUACUUGAUAACGGUUGACCUAGAUCCAGACUACAUAAAGAACCCUUACAACUAAACAACGAGAAAACAAAUACCCAAUUUUUAGAAAUGGUUAAAGGACUUGAUUAGUCAUUUCUCCAAAAUGACAAAUGGCUGACAAGCACAUGAAAAAUGCUGAACAUCAUUAAAGAAAUGCAAAUGAAGACCACAAAGCGAUCCACUGCUUCAUACCCAUCAGGAUGGCAAGCAUCCAAAAAAAAAAAACUGAAAGUAAGCAAAUGUUGGUGAGGAUGUAGAGAAAUUGGAACCCUUAAUCCGCUGGUGGUGGGGAUGCAAAAUGCAGCUGCUUUGGAGAACAGUCAGGCAAUUAGUGACUCCAAUAGAAGUUUAAUGGCCCAGCAGCUCCACUCCUAGGUAUAUAUCCAGGAACUGAGAACAUGUCCCCACAAAAUCUUGGACAUGAAUGUUCAUGCCAACGUUAUUCACAAGAGCCAAAAAAGUGGGAACAACCCAAAUGUCCAUCAGCUGAACAGAUAAAAUGCGGUCUAUCCAGGCAAUAGAAUGUUACUUGGCCAUAAAUAAAAAGUCCUAAUGCAUGCUACAACUUAGAGGAACCUUAGAAACUACAUUAAGGGAAAGGAGUCAGGUGGAAAAGGCCACGUAGUGUGUGAUUCCAUUUAUAAGAAAUGUCCAGAAUGGCCAAAUCCACAGAGGCUGAAAGAUGAGUGGCUGCGGCGGGAAGGAGGGAAUGGGGAGUGAAUUUAAUGGAUAUGGUGUUUCCUUUCGGGGGGAUUGUACAACCUUGUGAACAUGCUAAAAACCAUGGAGCUAUAAAAGGGUGAGUUUUAUGGAAUGUAAAUAUAAUUUUAUAAAAAGAACUAAAGGGACUAAUGUAAGUGGGAGACUUUGACAGCUCUCAAGGGCACUACAGCCUUUUCUCUGGCUCCAAGUUCUUUUGGAUGAGGGAACGGAGGAGGAAGGGAUGCUGUGGCCUGGUGGCUGGAGGGCAGGGCACAGAGAUGGCAGCAGCGCCAGGGGGCUGGAGCUGGGCAUGCUGGGGCCACCCCACUGCUGCUGGAAUUCCCUGGGUGGGGUUGGAAGGCUGGAGGGAGGUUCCUGGCACCUGGGUUGCAGGAAUCUCAAGCAUGUGGCCCUAAGCCCAUUUCCAGAGACUGGCCAUCCUCCCCAGGGCUGGAGGCUGGGACGGUGGGCUGGCCUGGUUGGCACCUGGGGGUCCAGUGGCCUCUCCCUUGGCCCUGGCAGUGGGGCCUGGCACUCACUGGGCUGCCCAGCACCUCCCAGUGGUGGACUGGGCUGUUGGGAGGGGUGGGGUGCAGUUACAUUUUCAGGUCUUUCCAGCCUUUGGCCAGCCUGGCAAACCUGACUAACCUGCUCCUCCAGGCCUCACGUGUUGGGGGUAGGGGGUACUGCAGGAGCAGCCAGAUCAGCCGCAGGCUGUGGAUGUGGAAGGCAGGGUGCUUGGGCAGGCAGCCACCAUGGGGCUCCCCCAGAGGCAGCCUGGCUGGUGGCUGCUGCUCCUCGUGGUGGCGCUGAUGUGGCCCCAGCCCUGCGUGAGCCUGGGUGAGUGGGGGUCCCGGGAUGAAUGCCUCUGGUCAUUCCCAAGGGACUGGGGCAAUUGCUGGAGUGACUGGACCCUGGGAGGCCACCCCUUAAUUGGGAGAGGCAGCUGCAGAGGCAGUGGGCCUCAGGGCCUCACUCCUUUCUCCACGGCCACAGAGCUGAUCCCCUACACGCCCCAGAUAACAGCCUGGGACCUGGAAGGGAAGGUCACGGCCACCACAUUCUCCCUGGAGCAGCCUCACUGUGUCCUGGAUGGGCAUGCCAGUGCAGCCGACACUGUUUGGCUGGUGGUGGCCUUCAGCAACGCCUCCAAGCACUUCCACAACCCGAAGACACUGGCUGAGAUCCCAGCCUCCCCACAGCUGCUGACUGAUGGCUACUAUAUGACACUGCCCCUGUCCCUGGACCGGCUGCCCUGUGAGCACCUUGGGGGCAGCAGGGGCAUCCAUGUGCUGCGAGUGGGCAAUGACCCUGGCUGCCUUGCUGACCUCCACCAGCCCCCCUACUGCAAUGCCCCCCUCCCCAGCCCUGGACCUUACAGAGUGAAGUUCCUUCUGAUGGACGCCAGAGGCUCACCCCAGGCUGAGACCAGGUGGUCUGACCCCAUCGCCCUCCACCAAGGGAAGGCCUCAGGGUCCAUCGACACAUGGCCGGGGCGGCGGAGUGGUGAUAUGAUCGUCAUCACUUCCAUCCUCUCUGCUCUGGCCAGCUUCCUGCUCCUGGCUUUCCUGGUGGCCUCCACCAUGCGCUUCUCCAGCCUGUGGUGGCCCAAGGAAGCCCCCGAGCAGCUGCGGAUCGGCUCCUUCAUGGGGAAGCGCUACAUGACCCACCACAUCCCGCCCAGCGAGGCUGCCACCCUGCCUGUGGGUUGUGAGCCUAGCCUGGACCCCCUCCCCAGCCUCAAUCCCUAGCCUGGCCAGUGAGGCUGGGGCUGGGGCAGUGAGGACAUGGGGGACAAGCGCCCUGUGCUCCUUCUCAGCCCCAGCAUCCACAUGCCUCUCUCCCCCAUCACACUUCCCCACCUGCCUGAAAUCCCACCACCAUCAACCCUGACAUUUCCUGCCUUCUCCAGACAACCAAAGUUGCAUUCAGGGGAGUUGGGGGGAGGGUGGUGCUCAGGCUGGGCAUCCAGCCCCCACCUCCAUCCCUACCUCUGUUCUGCUUGGCUUCCUGCGAGUGAGGCUGGAGGUAAUAUGGAGAGGCUGCCCUGAGUGGAAGCUCCCAGGCUCCAGGAGGAGGACUGCAGGGGGCCGUGCUCUGGUCUGGGCCCGUCAAGGUGUGUGUGAAGCCUGAGCCUCCCUGGGUCCCUCUACUCCACCUGCCAGUGGCCAAGGCUGCAGUGAAGCCUUCGGAGACACCUCUACUGUCACUGAGGCUGGGACCUUUCUGAGGAUGACCGGAGUGUAGGCAUAACUUAUGACAACCUGGCCACUGAUUCAGACGUCCUUCCAAACCCCUUGCACACACAUGGCUCAUAUCCUUAUACACUCACUCUCAAUCCACAGACGUUUAUUGACUGCCUGCUGUGUGUCAUGCACAGCGUUAGACAUGGGACUUCCCACCUAGAGGCAGAACCAGUGCUGAUCUUGGGAAUCACUGCCCUGGACCUUAGAUGACCACGGGUCCAGAUGUGGCCUGUAUCUGUGAGGGCUGUCACACCCUCAGAUUGUCAUAUGCCCUCGGACUCACACUCCUCAGACGAUCGCCCCAGUGGGCUCUCUCUGGCCCGGGAGCCCCCUAUCACCCGGAGGACAAGCUUCAAACUACCGCGCAGCAUCUCUCUGCCCGCCCGCAAGACCGGUGGUUCCCUCUGGGCCACAUGGCGGCGCCAGUGCGCCACAGGCCCUGGCCCUGCGCACGCGCAGUCCGACUCACAGCCCAGCAGGGUGCCGGCCGGGUGACCUGCCGUUGAAGAGCAGCCGCCAUUCAACAGGAUUGGUCAGGGCCCCAGACCUUACCUCGGCCAAGCCAGAGAGAGGAGCAAUCACGCUGCUGCUUGAGGGCCUACUGUGUAUUGGCCAGUCUGCACAGCUGCCACCGCUUUCUGGAUGGAGAAAGUGAGGCCCAGUGACUUGCCCACUGCCCUCUGUCCACUGCCACCUCCCGCCAGUGUCCCUGAGCUGCUCCCCAGCAUGCAGGUGCUCCGCAGACGACCCUCCCUCUUUGGAGGUGAAUAAACGCAGUCUGGGUCCUCCA